UCUGCCCUUCUUUUCUUGGUUUAUGGAUGUACGAAACUUAAAGCCCAAAUCUGGUCUAGAAACAGAGUUUAACAUGAAAACUCGCGAUAUUUCCAGAUUCUCCAAUGGGACAAACAGUGAUGGAAAGGAAUUCAAUUGAAGAUUACCCUUUUGUCCUCAAGUCUGAAGUAUAUAGGCAAGAAAGUCACCAUCUAAGCACACUUGGAGAAGCCUCCACCGUACCGUUUUCAUAACCGACUCCUUCAACACGAGCCACAUUCUCUGAAAAAUGGAUCAAACUGAUCUGAACCAAAAAGUCCGUUCACUACACAGUCCAAACAGCAUGAACUUACGUGAUGUUUACAGAUCCUGGAAUGGGACAAACAGUAGUAGAAAAGGGUUGGAUUUAGGAUUACUGUUUUGCACUGAAACAAUAAGUAUAUAUAAUUCUCAACCCCAGCAUCUAUCGCAUUCGAGAAGUCUGCAUCGGUAUCUAAAGUUCCUGUUAACUGACAUUAGACUUCCCAGUCAAUCAAGAUCAGGAAAAGGCCGCUCAUCAGCAAAUACGGUUUAUCAGAUUGCUCAUCUAUUCAGCUUGCUUUCAAGCUUUGACAAUAAACAUCAUAGAAGCUGCUUCUCUAACAAUUCAAUCAUACAAACAAACAAGAUGCUCUAUAUGCAAGGAUGCCACGACAGCAAGGAUGCCACGUGCAUGUCAUCAAAAGAGACUUGGGUGAGCCAGGGAAAAUUGUCAAAAAGCUGUUACAGCCUAGGUCUAUCUCAAAUUGAUCAAUCUGGAUGUUGAGAGUAAGGAAUCAUUUUACCCUACUCUAAAAUCGUGUACAAUAAAAGUUGCUCACUUUAAUUUCAAUACUUCUUCAUAGUUUCUGCUAAAACCAAAUGAUCAGUACAAUAUCAACCUAUUAUUUUUUUAUUAGUGGCUCCUUUGUACACCCUCUUUUUAGAUUUCAACCACUUUUAUGUUCUAUUCCUCAUUUCCACCAUCAAUGACUUUCUUCCUAAUCAUACUAUCUCCUAGAGCCAAGAACCAAUCCAUCUAAGGCAGCCAACUAAAGACAUCAGUAUAUGAAAUAUGCCAGCUUUACUGAUAGUAAUUGAUUGCUGUUUCACUAUCAAUUCAAGUAAAAGACCUUUCAGAUUGUGUGUUUCAACUAUCAAUAUAUGUCGAUUUUAGUUAAUAUCAAAACUUAUGUCUGCUGUUUCUUAUAGUUUGUUGAGUUCAUUUUUUAUCUAAUGGAUGGUAUUUUCGUCCACUACUUUUGGAUUUAAUUCCUAGAAGACGAAACUCUGACAAUGCAAUUGUUGGCUGUGGCAGAUUUGUCCCUUGCAUCCAAAGUGGAGGAGAUUAAUGUCCUAAUCUCCCCUGAUUUACAGGUCAAGAAAAUUGGGUACUAUGGUUGUGCUCAAACUGAUUAAACUGUAUAUAUGUCCAUUUUAGUUUAAUAUGAAAGCUUAUGUCUGCUGUUUCUUAUAGUAUGGUGAAUUCAUUUUUCAUCUAAUGGAUGGAGUUUUCUUCCAGGUACUACUUUUGGAUUUAAUUCCUCUUCAAGGUCAUCAUUGAAUUACUAUUUUGCAAUUGUGUAGAUACCUUUCAUAAAGUGAAGAGCAAAUGUGAAAAAAAGGAAAGAAGACAAAGCUUUGACAAUGCAAUUGUUGGAUGUGGCAUGUUUGUCCUGUGCAUCUGAAAUGGAGGAAAUUAAUGUCCCAAUCUCCCUUGAUUUACAGGUCAGGCUUUGGUCUCAUUUUAAUUCGAUUUUUCUAUAACUUUCUGAUUUAGUUAUUUAUUCCUUAUGAAAAUAAAUAUUAAUGUCUUGGUUGAAAAUAUGAAAUUAGAUAAUUAGAACUAAGACGAAGUUUAGCUUUCUUAUGUUGGGUUUGUCUGACCAGAUGGUUGUGUAAGAGUUAUUGAGAAAAUGAAUGUCUGGGAAUUGUGGUUGGAGAUAUUUGAGUGGUUUUGUGGACAGUUGCUGAAGUAGUAUAGAUCUUGCCUGUACAGAGCUCCAGAUCAAAACAUCAAAUUUCAGCUAUUGUAUUUGCUAUAAUAUCAUCAUCAAUGUGUUUGCUAUAAGAAAAGAUUCACUCAAUGUAAAGGUUGUUCAAAUUUUUAUAAUUGUCAAUUUUAUACUUCAAUUGGUAAAACGAAUAGUGUAUACUUUUCGUUACUGAACUUUAUGCAUUCAGUAUUUCUAUUCUCAGUCUUAUCUCUUUGAUUUCCUUCAUUGCUGUAUAGUUUACCCAUGUAACUAUGUAUUUGAAGGUUUCUUUGCUUCAAGCUCAUUACCUUGGUCUAUUCAUUUAUGCUUUUGUUUCUUCAACCAUUCUGCUAUAUUGCUAUACUAAAACUUCCAACUAAUAUAUGUGGCGGGCGGGGGAGAGAGAAGAAGAGGAACUCCUAUACAGGGGCAAUUUUGCUUAUUUCGCCUCGGAAUUUAGGAAUAAAUCCAUCAAUUGAGCUUUAUUUUAUGUUCUAUUUCACUCCCUGAUGGGGGUUUCUUUUUACCCUUCCCUCAAUUCUUUUGUUUUCGCUUCAAACUUGACCACGCUUUGCUGCUGUUUUUCACAGCUUUGGCUCAGCUUUUGCAAGUGCAUCACAACUCACCAUAUGCUACUGCAGGUGAUUAACUAAAAAUGCAAGUGAUCAACUAAAAUGCUAUUACUUGAAGAGGCAUGAGAGGCAGAACUGUUGCUCAGAAGAGAAUGUCACAGUGUCAGAAGAAGACUCAUGAAGAGAAGAAGUAAUGAAAUUAGCGAGCAACUUAAUGGUGCUGGAGAUGACAAGAAGAAUGACACAGAGAUAAUCCUGGCUCCAAUCUUUGUCACAACCAAUUGAAUACCAACCUCAUUCGAUUCUAUUGUACUUAACCUCCAUCUGAUGUCAAAUAAACAAUCAGUUUUUCACAACAUGCAUCAAAUAAACAAUCCACCAACAUACUUCAAUCAAUUUGUACAA